CAUGGCCGCGCCGCUGCUGGUGCUGGCGGCGCUCGCGCUCUCUGCGUCGCCGGCGGGCACGCAAGCUAUUCAGGAUAGUCGAUGUUACUUGAUGAACGGUGGUGCUGUAGAGAGCUUUUUCAUAAGUGAAGACACACCAGUAGGCAGUAUUAUAGGUACACUAAGCGUGAAUGGCGACCCCAGCGCGGUGGGCGGUGACAUCUCGCUGCACAUCCAGGAGAAGAACGCCGCGGUGGAGUUGGCGGCGGGCUCCAAGAACAUCACCCUGCGGAGAGCGCUGGACCGCGAGGAGAAGCUCGGACCCUCCAGCGUGUACGUCAACGUGCGCUGCGACCGGCGGCACACCGCUGAUCCCAGCUUCGUGGUGCCGGUGUCGGUGCGCGUAUGGGACGUGAACGACAACGCGCCGGCGUGGCGCGGCGCACCGUACCGCGCGCGCGUGUCGGAGCUGGCGGCGCCGGGCGCGCGGCUGCUGGCGGCACCGGCGCACGACCCCGACCAGCCCGGCCCGCACGCCACCGUGCGCUACUCCGUGCUGCCGGGCCCCGCCUCGGAGUACGUGGGGUUUCAAAGCGAGCUGGACAGCACGGUGGUGGUGAAGCGUGCGCUAGACUACGAGACGCUGCGCAACUUCACGGUGCGCCUGCGCGCGCAGGACGGGGGCUCCCCGCCGCGCUACAACGACACCACGCUGAGCGUGGAGGUGUUGGACGCGGACGACCAGAACCCGCAGUUCACGCACGAGCACUACACCGCCGUCGUCCCGGACAAUGCGCAAGACGGCACGGUCCUGGAGCUGUCCCCGGGGCCCGUGUCCGCGGCCGACCGCGACCUGGGCAUCAACGCGCCCGUGUACUACAGCGCCAGCGGCGACGGCGCGGCGCUGCUGCGCCUGGACCGCGACAGCGGCGCCCUGGCCGCCACGCCGCCGCUGCUGCAGCACGCGCUGCCCGUCACUGUGGUGCUGAAGGCGACUCAAGUGGACAACGCUGACCGCUACGCUCUAGCGACCGUGACCGUGCGGCGCACCGCAGCCGCAGGCCCGGCUCGCGCUGCGGCGGCGAACGCGGCGGACGCGGGUGUGCGGUUCGCGCGGCGCGGCUACGCGGUGUCGGUGCCGGAGGACGCGCCGCCGGGCAGCGUGCUGACAGCGCUCCACACCCGAUCGCUGCACGAGACGCCGCUGCAGUUCUACGUGUCGGAGCGCAGCUUCUUGGAGCAGUUCGCCAUCAACGGCGCGGGCGAAGUGCUGCUGCGCAAGCCGCUGGACUACGAGACGACAGAGCGCUACCACUACCAAGUCAUGGUUACGGACGGCAACUCGAACGACACCGCGUGGAUCAACAUCACCGUGCAGAACGUGAACGAGUGGGAGCCGCGCUUCCGCCACGCGCACUACGAGUUCCUGCUGCACGAGCUGCCGCCGGCCGGACCCGCGCGCGUGGGCGCGCUGCACGCCUUCGACGGCGACCGCCAGGACUCCGUGGCGCUGCACCUCAGCGGCCCGGACGCCAAGGCGCUGUUCGUGAACGCGCAGGGCGAGGUGUUCGUGCGCGCGGAGGCGCUGCGCGCGCUCAACGCGUCCGUGCUGCACGUGGUGGCCACCGCCGUGGACUCGGGCUCGCCGCCGCGCCAGACGUCGGUGCCGGUGUCGGUGCGCAUCCCGGAGCGGCUGGCGCAGGCGCAGGCGCGGCCGCCGCUGUUGGCGGCGCUGGCGUGCGCGCUGGCGCUGCUGGCGCUGGCGCUGCUGGCACUGCUGGCGCACCUGUGCCGCCUCCGACGCCGAAGGCAAGUGAAAGACAAGAGCGCGACCGUCGCAGUGGCACCGGAAAAGAGCGCGACGCCCGCGCCGGCCGCCAGCCUGUCGGCGGGCAGCGCGGCGGGCGGCAGCGGCUCGCUGCAGAGCGUGUCGGCCGGCGCCAGCAGCAUCCUGGCCGCGUCCACCUGCAGCCUGGACCGCGACAGGGCGCCUGACAAGCCGCUCGACAAGCCGCUCAACGGCAGCGCGGCGCGACAGUCGCAGCGCCUUCCAGCGCGCGGCAAGGUGGCGCCCGCAAGCCCCGCGCCCGCGCCCGGCGCGCUCAGCGACCACCUGCACGGCGCGGCGGGCCGCUCGGGCGUGGCGUGGCCCAGCGCCACCAUCCCCGCGCGCGUCAAGCAGCUGAGCUGGGACGACGCCGCGCCGCAGGACGGCGACGAGCGGCGCGAGCUAGCGGAGGCCACGAACGCGGCCGUGUCGGAUCACAUGAACCUCACGGUGUACUUCUGA